AUGUGGCUUAGUCUAGUUUUAUUAGAUUUAGAUACAGCUCAAAACCUUUUACUUUACAAAUCAAAUCAGAUUUCUGAUGAUGAACACAAUAUUGCUAAUGAAAAUAGCACGUCCUUUUUUUCCAUAGGAGAGAUGGACAAACUCCCUACAAAAAUUUAUAAAGAAAAUAAGCUGUCAACUGAAACAUGGCAAUGCUUACUACAAACCUUCCCUAGAAAUGCCCUUAUCAAGUUUUUACCACCACCCAUAGACAAAGAAAUGGCUAGGUGCAUGCAGAAAGAUGCAAAGGAAUUGGACAAAACCUUGCAACAUGUCUCCUACUAUUCAUCUUCCAUACUCAGACCUCUUGACAAUGCUAUCCAUACACUUUAUCAAACCAAGCCAGAUAAACAGAAUAAAUAA